AUGCACCGACAUGGAAAAGCAAAAAAAAAGGCUUUUCCAUUGAAGUCGAAAUCUGUAACCCCAGAACACACGCCACCCAUUAAAGAGAGUUCUCCAAUUAUUCGGACGGUGGUCUUUUCUGGUGGGGAGAUUGUGAGUGACACACAACAAGAUUCAAUCUCAGUCACUCCAAAAUCGAGAGAGGUGGAAUCAGAAAAUGUGACAAAUGAAAGGAUUGCAAUUGCCAGAACAACACACGAUAUAUGCAAACUAUUUUCAGAGAUGGAGAAAACGAUUAAAGAAGAUGAAAGGAGAUUGAUUAACGCCGUAAUGAGAAACCACGAAAACCUUACUCGGGAACUUCAAUACUCGUUUGAUAGUGGGUCUGUUGUGAUGGAAUUACCAUACAUCCCUCCUAUAAAAGGUACUGAUAUAUUUCUUGGCACAAUCGAUAAGAAUUUAAAAGACACUAACACUGUUUUAACUGAGAUUAACGACCUUUUUGUGCAUUGUGCUCAACGAGUUGAGAAGAUUGAAAAAUCCAAAAAAGAUGUGUUUGAGAUAUUAAAAAAAUAUGACGACGACACUCUCACAAUCAUCAAUAUAAUAAAGCCAAAAUGA